AUGCACACCGUCUUUCGCAUUGGUGAAGUACGAAAAAUUGACAACAAUCAUGCACUUUAUCAAGUCGAUCUUAAACUUACGUCAGAUGAUGAUCCACAACUUCGAGAAUUAACUGACUUUAUACGAAAAGAGGUCAGCGGUACCGGAUGGCGUCGAAUGGGUAAAUUGUUACUACAAAUAGGCCAAUUCGACAAGGCCGAAGCACUAUAUAUGGCACUAUUGGAACAGGCAUCGGAUGAUAGUGAUAGAGCAUACAUCCAUCACCAGCUUGGAGUGAUGAAAUAUAGCCAAGGACAAUACGAAGAAGCAGUUGCAUUUUACGAACAAUCUCUGCAAUUCUACCGAAAAACUCUUCCGAAAGAUGAUCCUUCAUUAGCUACUAUAUACAAUAAUAUUGCUCUAGUGUAUAACGAUAUGGGUGACUACUCGAAAGCACUUGAAUUUUACGAAAAAUCACAUCAAAUCAAAGAAAAAGCUCUGCCUUCGAAUCAUUCUGAUUUGGCUACUUCAUACAGCAAGGAUGUGGGUGUGGGAACCUAUUUUUGGAACUCAAAGAGAAUCUCAUCUAGUCCUUUUUAUACUGUUUUGCACAUUCUGCUAAUGCUUAGAAAACUUCAAUGGCUACCUAUAGCUUGUCUUCUCAUGGCUGUUAGUUGAUGGACGCAACGGAGUUGUGUGAAACAUUUAUCAGUUACUAAAAUAACAAAAUCUUGCAGAAAACCUAUUGGGAGUCUUCAUGGUUCGCACGAGCUAUCAUUUAUUUAGAGAAUCGGGAUCGACAUCUGAACCGUUUGUACUUAGGGUAUACCAAAAGUUCUGAUCACAGUUUUUAAAAUUUAAUAAAGCAAUAAAUAUUGAAUAUUUUACUAAGGCAAUAUAUAGUAUAACGUCUCGUCUUUAAUAAUAUAUAGCAGAGUUGUAACCGGCCCGGCGAAACCGGCCCGGACCGGCCGGUCCGGUCCGGUGCCGGGCCGGGCCGGGCCGGUUUGAACAGCUAGACCGGCCGGUUUUUACCGGUUUUUGCUGGUUUGAAAAAGUUGUGUUAUUAUUAAUUUUUUAAUAAGAUAAUAUUAUUUAUUUCUGUUCGUUACAAUUUUUGAAACGAAAAGAGCAAAAGUUUUGUUUUUCGAUGUA